GGGGCCCUGGGGCCUCUCCCUUGGUCUGGGGCCCAGCGGCCCUGUCCUUGGUCUCUGUCCUGGCCGUCUGGGCCCCCCGCCUCUUAUGCUGUGCAGCUUACCCGGCCUCCUCUUUGGACGCUCCCACCCUUUCCUUUAUCCGUCACCCAUCGGCCCGGCAGCCGAUAUUUACUGAACACCCACGGAGAGCCGCACCCUGUGCCGGGUGCGGGGCCACCAAGAUGAACGAAGCGGCAUUUCUUCCAGGAAUAUAAACAGGAAGUGACGGUCAGAGGCGGACAAGCAGUGGCGGGGAAACGUGGCAGGAGCAGGGAGGAGUGCAGUGCAAAUGAGCAGUCAGGGAAGGGCUGGGAGCAGGAGGACGCGGGUCAGUUAGGUAGCAGGGUGGGGGGGGGGGGGGGAGGCAAGGAACAGGAGCAAGCGUGUGCAAAGGCCCGGGAGUGGGGAAGUAGGAGACAUUCGAGAAAUGAUUGUCGCGAUCGUCCACACGUAUCGGGGACUUACUGUGCGCGAGGCAGUCUCUUACGGUCUUUGUGGUUCCUUGCUCAAUCCUCAUCAACACCGGACGGUACGCAGGGCUGUCCUGUGUCCAUCUGGAGACGAGCGAACAGGCACAGAGUGGCUCAGUGACUUGCCUGGGGACACACAGGGACAGAAAGGAUAAAGCAGAGGCUUCGUGUGGCUGGAGUGAGGGUCCGGGAGACCAGUGAGAGACGGGGGCCAGGUCAGCACAGGCGUUCAGGCCAGGGAGGCCUUCGAGACUCUGUGCCCUCUUGAAAAGUUACGUGCUUUUCCUUCUCUGUGCCUCAGUUUCCUCAUCUGUGCAACGGGGCUGCUGCGGCAUCUGCCUCAGGGGCCGGGGUGAGGGUGAGCGAGGCAGUGCGUGGAAAGAGCCCGGCAUGGCUCCUGGCUCCUGUGUGGCAGGUGUAAUUCUCAGUGGGCAGUCACUCAGUGGAGCUGUGUGCUGGUGGGUGGCAGCUCUCUGGUCUGGCUUCCGAUCCCGGCUCCCUGGCCCCCUGGCUGAGAGACCUUGCGUAGGCUUCUGCCCCUCUCAGGGCGGCAGGUUCCUCAUCUGUGAAAUAGGCUUAUUACUCCAGCACUGCGUGAACUUGGCACAACCCUGAACCUUUGGGAGAGCCCCGGCCCCCGACCGGGGAGCGGAUGGGCGGAGGGGUCCUCUCAGACUCGGUGGGGUGGCCUGGAGGGUGGACAGGGUGACAGGCCGGUUGGCCGCGAGCGGUCCCUGGUCACCCUCCCCACCCCCAGACUGGCCAGGCUGCCAGCGGGCUCUCCCUCGGCCCUCCCCCGCCCCGCCCGCCGGCCCAGAGCCUUCCCCAAAGUGACCCUCCCACCCGGGUGUUAUUAAUAGCCACGACAGGGCUCGGAUCACUGGCCAAGAAUGUUGCCCGGUGGCGCAUGGGGGAAGAGGAAGCCGCGGGGCCGGCGGCUGGGGUGGGUGCGGAGUGAUGCCCGGGGUGCCAUGUGGGCCAGGCAGGAGGGCCUUCACCACCCCCACCCCCACACUGUCGUCCGCUGUCCCUCCUCCUCCUCCUCUUCUGUCUCCUGUUCAGGUGACUCGGAGGAGGAGGACAUGGGACUCUUGGAGGUCAGCGUUACGGACAUCAAGCCCCCGGCCCCGGAGCUGGGCCCCAUGCCAGAUGGCCUGAGCCCUCAGCAGGUGGUCCGGAGGCACAUCCUGGGCUCCAUCGUGCAGAGUGAAGGCAGCUACGUGGAGUCUUUGAAGCGGGUACUCCAGGAUUACCGCAACCCCCUGAUGGAGAUGGAACCCAAGGUGCUGAGCGCCCGCAAGUGCCAGGUGGUGUUCUUCCGCGUGAAGGAGAUCCUACACUGCCACUCCAUGUUCCAGAUAGCCCUGUCCUCCCGGGUGGCCGAGUGGGACUCCACCGAGAAGAUUGGGGACCUCUUCGUGGCUUCAUUCUCCAAGUCCAUGGUGCUAGACGUCUACAGCGACUAUGUGAACAACUUCACCAACGCCAUGUCCAUCAUCAAGAAGGCCUGUCUCACCAAGCCUGCCUUCCUCGAGUUCCUCAAGCGUCGGCAGGUAUGCAGCCCCGACCGCGUCACGCUCUACGGGCUGAUGGUGAAGCCCAUCCAGAGGUUCCCGCAGUUCAUCCUCCUGCUUCAGGACAUGCUGAAGAACACCCCCAGGGGCCACCCGGACAGGCUGUCCCUGCAGCUCGCCCUCACGGAGCUGGAGACGCUGGCCGAGAAGCUCAACGAGCAGAAGCGGCUGGCCGACCAGGUGGCCGAGAUCCAACAGCUGACCAAGAGCGUCAGUGACCGCAGCAGCCUCAACAAGCUACUGACCUCGGGUCAGCGGCAGCUGCUCCUAUGUGAGACGCUGACAGAGACCGUGUACGGUGACCGUGGGCAGCUGAUCAAGUCCAAGGAGCGUAGGGUGUUCCUACUCAAUGACAUGCUGGUCUGUGCCAACAUCAACUUCAAGGGCCAGCUGGAGAUCAGCAGCCUGGUGCCCCUGGGGCCCAAGUACGUGGUCAAGUGGAACACAGCUCUGCCCCAGGUGCAGGUGGUGGAGGUGGGCCAGGAUGGCGGCUCCUACGACAAGGACAACGUGCUCAUCCAGCACGCUGGCACCAAGAAGGCCUCUGCCGCAGGCCAGGCCCAGAAUAAGGUGUAUUUCGGCCCCCCGCGCCUCUUCCAGGAGCUGCAGGAUCUGCAGAAGGACCUGGCUGUCGUAGAGCAGAUAACCUUCCUCAUCAGCACGCUGCACGGCACCUACCAGAACCUGAACAUGACCGUGGCUCAAGACUGGUGCCUGGCCCUGCAGAGGCUAAUGCGGGUGAAGGAGGAGGAGAUCCACUCGGCCAACAAGUGCCGUCUCAGGCUCCUGCUUCCUGGAAAACCUGACAAAUCUGGCCGCCCCAUCAGCUUCAUGGUGGUCUUCAUCACCCCCAACCCCCUGAGCAAGAUCUCCUGGGUCAACAGGUUGCACCUGGCCAAGAUUGGACUCCGGGAGGAGAACCAGCCGGGCUGGCUGUGUCCGGACGAGGACAAGAAAAGCAGAGCGCCGUUCUGGUGCCCCAUCCUGGCCUGCUGCAUUCCUGCCUUCUCCCCCCGGGGCCUCAGCCUGCAGCUUGGGGCCCUGGUCCACAGUCCUGUCAGCUGUCCCCUGCUGGGUUUCUCGGCGGUGAGCACGUCCCUUCCACAGGGCUACCUCUGGGUCGGGGGCGGGCAGGAAGGUGCAGGGGGCCAGGUUGAGAUCUUCUCCUUGAACCGGCCCUCGCCGCGCACGGUCAAGUCCUUCCCGCUGGCAGCCCCUGUGCUCUGCAUGGAGUACAUUCCCGAGCCGGAGGAGGGGGAGAGCGGAGACGAGAGCCACGUGGCCGCUGAGCCCUCAGCUGCAGUGCAUCCGACCAUCUGCCUCGGGCUCCAGGAUGGCAGCAUCCUGGUUUACGGCAGCGUGGACACGGGCACCCAGUGCCUAGCGACCUCCAGGAGCCCAGGCCUGCAGCCUGUGCUCUGCCUGCGGCAUAGCCCCUUCCACCUGUUCGCUGGUUUGCAGGAUGGGACCGUCGCCGCCUACCCUCGGACCAGUGGUGGUGUCCCCUGGGACCUGGAGAGCCCUCCCGUGUGCCUGACUGUGGGGCCAGGACCUGUCCGCACCCUGCUGAGCCUGGAGGAUGCCGUGUGGGCCAGCUGUGGGCCUCGGGUCACUGUGUUAGAUGCCACUAGCUUGCAGACUCAGCAAAGCUUCGAGGCGCAUCAGGACGAGGCCGUGAGUGUGACGCACAUGGUGAAGGCGGGUAGCGGCGUCUGGAUGGCCUUCUCCUCUGGUUCCUCCAUCCGCCUCUUCCACACUGAGACACUGGAGCAUCUGCAGGAGAUCAACAUCGCCACCAGGACCACCUUCCUCCUGCCGGGCCAAAAGCACCUGUGUGUCACCAGCCUCCUGAUCUGCCAGGGUCUGCUCUGGGUGGGCACCGACCAGGGUGUUAUCGUCCUGCUGCCUGUGCCUCGGCUGGAAGGCAUCCCCAAGAUCACAGGGAAAGGCAUGGUGUCGCUCAACGGUCACUGCGGGCCUGUGGCCUUCCUGGCCGUGGCUACCAGCAUCUUGGCCCCCGACAUCCUGCGGAGCGACCAGGAGGAGGCCGAAGGGCCGCGGGCGGAGGAGGACAAGCCUGACGGGCAGGCUCACGAGCCCCCGCCCGCGAGCCGCGUGGGCCGAGAGCUGACCCGCAAGAAGGGCAUCCUCCUUCAGUACCGCCUGCGCUCCACGGCCCACCUCCCGGGCCCGCUGCUGUCCGUGCGGGAGCCCGCGCCCGCCGACGGCUCGGCCCUGGAGCACAGUGAGGAGGACGGCUCCAUCUACGAGAUGGCCGAUGACCCGGAUGUCUGGGUGCGCAGCCGGCCCUGCGCCCGGGACGCCCACCGCAAGGAGAUCUGCUCAGUGGCCAUCAUCUCCGGGGGGCAAGGCUACCGCAACUUCGGCAGCGCCUCGGGCGGCAGCGGGAGGCCAGCCCCGUGCGGGGAGACGGACAGCGCCCUCCUCAUCUGGCAGGUGCCCUUGACGCUAUAGCCCCCACCGGGGGCGCGCAGCCGCGGGCGUGGUGACCGACAGUCAUGCGGGGUCCUCCCGGGAGCACUGCUCGCCUUCCAGGGACCGUGGGGAUGGGCCUGGGUCUCCCGGAACUACCUUGGCCGAGCAGAGGAGAGCCUCUUCCUUUUGAAAAAAAAAAAAAGAAAGAAAGAAAGAAAGAAAGAAAGGAAAGAAAGAAAGAAAGAAAGAAAAAGAAAAUAUUUCAGAGUUUUGGGGGAGGGGUUUGGGUGCAGGGAGAGGAUACCUCUGGAGGAAAUGGCCUUCUUUUUAAAAGCAAAAAACAAACACAAAACCUCACAACUGCCUGGCAAGCCCAGCACCUCUUGUCCGGGCCGAGCGGGGCUCAGAGACGGCCACGCCCCUCUCCUGGACGGGCGUGUGCGUGUGCGUGUAUGAGAGCGUGUGGGCUGGUGUGUGAAUAUAUAUAAAUACGUAUAUAUGGUGUAUAUUAUGUGUAUAAAUGAAGUCUGUACAUAUUGGAGCUCUGGGAGAUGCUGGAAUAAAAGGCAAGAAGAACGUGAGUGCUUGCACUGACUUUUUGUUU